CGUUUGUCGUCAGACUAGAACUAUACUAAGCACCGCUGUCGGUAGUUGAGACGCUACAGCUACUUACUAUCGGUGUGGAGGAGUCCGAGUUUAAGUACUCUGUUUGUGAUAAAAGUGAUUCGGUACCAAUACCAUCGUGUGGAGGAUUCUUUUGCACCUGGGGGUUUAGUUCGUUUUUUUUGCUCGCAGAUGAAAUUAUAUCGCAAACAUACCACAAGUUGAAGUUGUAAAACAACAGGUCUCGUCGCUCUAGGUCUUUCGAGUCCUCUCCCUCAGUCCUUUUCCACACAUACGUUUCUUAAUAUAGAACAGGGUCACAAGGAACUUCGACGUGACCGGGGGGGUCACGUCCGUCCGUCCGGCCGGACGGACGGCACGUGACCGGGGGUAGUCCGGCGUCGAUGCGAGUUCGGCGCUGAAUGCCGCCGCAACUGUGGCCUUCGGUAGCUAGAAGCCCCCGGCCGCGUCACCGACGGCGGACCAGGGGCAAGAGUCGCGCCUUUUUCCGUGAAAGCCCGAACUCAUGACCUUUUUUUUUUAGUUGGGCGCCCGAGCUAGCUGACAGCCCCCGGCCGUGUGACCGGGGGCGGAGCGUGACGAAGAGAGGCAGUUCUUCAGUGAAGUGCCGAGCUCAUGACCUUUUUUUUUUUUUUUAGUUGCCCGGGCGCGCGGUCCACAGCGGCCACCACCUCCUAGCGCCACGACCGACCCCCGGUCACGUGCCGUCCGUCCGGCCGGCCGGACGGACGUGACCCCCCCGGUCACGUCUAGGCUCCUUGUUACCUUGUUCUAAACUACAUCUUGAAAUUUAAAGACUUUCACUAAGGUAAAAACAGUAAGUACGGAAAAAAUACGAUACGUCGGAAGUUCAGUCUUCGUUUUACGAAGUUGUCGCGCAAGUUGGUCUUUGUGGAAAAAUCGUUUGAUCUGUAACGCAUCAAGACCUCCGGUCUUUUCUUGAAGUCGGUAGUAUCGCCAAACCUGCAAAAACAAACCCCAAAAAUGCGGACUGUAUCAAAUGCAAAUAUGUCUGGGCGGUCUGGAAACUUGUGAUGCUGGCUUGGGAAUGGCAAUGGUGGACACACUGUAAUACGCAGCCGAGCAUGCCGAGUUCUUGAGCUGCUAUGUGUUUCGAGUUCUGCAUGGCAAACUGCGCUUUUGCAUAACAGGCAAGAGAUUCUCAUCCCGCUCAUCCAUCACAGACUUGGGAGUCAUGAGAGACAAGCAUGACAAACUUCCACUCUUCCAGACCUAUUUGCAAUGCAUAGGCUGCUUGUUCCAGUUCCACCAAGCUGAAGAAGUUUCUCCUUCUGUGGUUCUACGUGCCUACCCAGUGCAAACUACUUGCUACGUUUUUCAUGGUCCUUGGACAGCACGACUGUGCGCCAAAAUCUUUGUCAUGUAUGUCUAUGCAGCUUUUCGCACGAAUGGAUACAGAGCAGACACAUGCGAAAAGAAAACGCUGAAUUUGAGGGACAGGAGAUCAUCAUCAGCACGGGCGACAGGGUUAUUUCCUAGUCCUGGUCCUGCCACAUGGCUUUGGGCAAUAAAUUCUCCGGAGUCGUGUAUCGCUCCGGUGUUCUUGCCAGCAUUCUUCUCGGAGUGUUGGCCCGCAUUCUUCUCAUCUGCAAGGGACUUUGAAGCAUGACGUAGUUUGCACUGCAUACCGGCGCUGGUGGCGCUUGAGUUUACCAUGUGGUCGAACAUCGGGACUUUUUGUCACUAUGAAGACGCAACCCGUCUUCAACUUCGUCCCCACUUCUGACGAAGCGUCUUUCUCAGAGUAAUGAUAAAAACACUCAGCAUGUUGGCAAUGAAUGACCGAGAAUCUAUCGUGAACAAGCGCUUAUUUGUAUUUCUGCAUGACAGUAGAUGUACAAGGGGCGCUCACCCCAGUUCGCAGUCUUUCAACAUGGCAGAUUCGCGUGUCGUCUUUUGGUGCAGGAGAAAUAAAGAAUCUCAUCGUGGGGACAAUUUUGCACCCAAUACCUUCGGCCACAAGCUGCUCCUGAAGAAGAAGAACAAGGAAAACGUUGCCACGGAGAAGAAGCUUCCUCUACUUUCCGGGAAGAAAAUGCAGCUUGCUGCUUUAUCGGAAGGAAAAGUAAGUCGCCGCGAGCUACUUCCUCGACACUCAAAGAAACUCCUAUUUCAGUAUUUGUUUUACGCGACAGCUACCACAUGUAACCCAAUAAAUGUAUGUGGGUCGCAAUGUAUUUUGUAAACUUCUAACAACUGAUGAUGUCGCUGCAGGGACGGGGACGAAGAAUGAACAAGAACGCAGGGCGAUAUAAUAUUGAGGACGGCCGAGCAAGGCCCAACGCGGAUCAGCAUCAUAUUCAAAUCUAUCGUAUCAUCACUUGGAAUCUUGCGGCCACUGAGCGAUGGUGUAGUUAGUUGCAUACAUUUAUAUCUUCAGCAUUCUCGAUGGGCUUUUAGUGAUUUUAUUCUUGCGCCUGCUGUCGGCUUGAGUUCGCUUCGCCUUCGGGCACUCGUCGCAUAGAUGCUAAUCAAUGUAGAAGAAGUCCUGCUGUUACUCGUACUUACCUUUCUACUGCUCCUUCACGUGGAAAUGGGAAGAGUGUAGUUUCCGCGCGUCUUUUUUUUUUCCUAGCAUAAGGGGGCGCUGCUGCAGCUGUGGGGGCCCUUGGCGUUGGCGGUGGGGCGGUGUUGACGAGCAGAAUCUCCGAGCUGGAUCAAAGAAUCUCCACACUGCAAUCCACGCUGGAAGGAAAAAUGGCUUCCGUGCUGAAUGAAAAAAUCUCCGCGCUGGAAUCCACGCUUGAUAAAAAAAUCUCCGAUCUGGUGGAAUCCACGCUGGAAAAAAAACUCUCCGCGCUGGAAUCCAGGCCGGGAGCCUCCAAAGGCAACGCCUUGGAGAACCCGGCGACUUCGAUCGACGAGAAAAUCCGUGUUGCGGUGGACGCGAAAACGUCCGAGCUGCAAAGCAGAGUCAGCGAGUUGGAGACCGGAGCGAACGAACCCAAACGACACGGAAAUCUAAUCAGUGUCGCGGUGAAUGGGAAAAUCAAUCCGCUGGAAACCGUCAUUCACCAGCUCGUCAACAAUGAAGAUACAAUUUUCGAGACCAUGAAUCGACUGGAGUCCAAGCUGCAAGAAGGAAAAAUCAACGUGCUGCAAGGAAAAAUCAACACGCUGGAAGGAAAAAUGCCCGAGCUGGAAGGAAAAAUCCCCGAGCUGGAAGGACAAAUCACCGCGCUGGAAUCCACGCUGGACGGAAAAAUCUCGGAGAUGAAAUCCACGCUGGAAAAAAAAAUCACCGAGGUGGAAGGAAAUGUCCCUGCUGCGCUGCAACAAACGCUCGUCGGGUUGAUCCAACAGCAACAGGCGGAAUAAAACAACAAGAACUUCCAUGCCGCGGUGCAAUCUAUUCGGGAAGUGGAGCGAGAGGCGCGCGAAAAUGUUUCGAAAGCGGAGCGACGCAUGCAGCAAGCUGUUGACCAAGUGCAUCUGUUAGUUGCUGAAUAGCCGAGCGCGCUUCUCGAUGCAGAAGCGCGUUCGGCUAUUCAGCAACUAACUGUGUAAAUCAUUCACUCAUUCACUUCAACCACCAGAGCCAGCAAUUCCACGGCUGGGGUUCGUUGAAUGUAAACCAUGUCGCGAACCAUGACGCCAAUUUUUAUUAGCGGGAGAAGAAAUGCAAAUGGUCAAGAUCAUUGAGCAGGUGGACAAGGAGAAACCGACAACCAACACUAACACGACAUCUUAUCGUCCAUGAUCCUAUGCAAAAGUCACGCAGCACAAGUUAGUUUGGGUUUUCAACUGUUCCCAGGGAACAGCUCAAACACCACGUACGCACUUACACUAAGCUGAAGAGCACUAACAACAUUCAUCUUGUCGAUUUAUUUUUACCGUUUUCUAAGACUCUUGUUCUUUCCUACGAAUUGAGUAUGAGUAAAUUCAAAAUUUAAAUUGUUUGGCGAGUCUAAUCAGAAGAACAUGAGAGGAGCUGCGCAUCUAUCUUGACCUUAUGGCUCUGGACUCGCCUGCAGAAAAAGCAGGAGGCUUUUCGCAAUUCGUUUCGUAAAUGAAAUAAAUACAACUCCGCACUUAUUUUACAACAAGAGCUCCGAGCCCGAGGUAAGUAGACGAAGACGCACCUUUGGUGCGGCUGUACAUACUUUUCUGUAAAUUAAUUGAGUCGCUUUUCGCUUUUCGUCAACCGAGAAAAUUAAUGGAGGACCUACACUAAUAUCAUUAUCAAAUUCGAAACGCUGCAUUUCUCUUCAUGCCGAAAAUAAAGUAGUUUCAGUUCUUCGGAGGCUGAGUACAUGAUAGAUUAGAAGGGCUCUCCUUUUGACCGCGCGGUUUGGAUCAAAAGCAAAACUACGGCGAUAUCCGAAGGGCCACGAAUCAAUUACGAAUAUAAUUUGAUGACAGUAGAAAAUAUAUAUUGUCGUCUUGGGAAGCUGCAUAGG